AAGUCACUCUGGUAGGCAGAAGUUCUGGGAUAGGGUUUAAAAGACAGGAAAUAACAGAGGAAGAACACUGAAGGAACGAGUUAGACUCCUGCAAGGGAAGCCCUGAGGUAGAGAAAACAAGGGAACUACAGUGAAGCCUGAGAGUGGUGGAAGGAUUAUUAGUUUGAAGGGAAAUGAAGGAUCUCCAGGAAUACCAGGCAGUGAUGGCAUUCCAGGAAUGGAUGGUCCUCUAGGAAUACCAGGAUUAGAAGGCAAGAUUGGACUCGUGGGACCAAAGGGAGAUAAAGGCAAGCGAGGUCCAAGAGGCCCACCUGGAAGGCCAGGUUCCAUGGGCGCCAAAGGUGAAAUGGGGGAUCCUGGCCUACCAGGUAACCCUGGCCCUAAGGGAAUAAAAGGCCAAAAGGGGGCUCAAGGUGAGACUGGAGGUGACGGCCCAAAGGGUGAUGUGGGAAGAAAAGGAAGCCGUGGGGAUGCUGGACCCCAGGGGGAUGAUGGAGACAGAGGAGACAAAGGACAACAAGGAGAACGUGGCUUUCCUGGCCCUGCUGGUCCAAAGGGACAAAGCGGUAUCCCUGGAUUACCUGGUCCAAGAGGCUUCACUGGCCCCACUGGAGAGGAUGGAGCAACUGGGCCCCCUGGAUCUCCAGGGUCUUGGGGACCUGAAGGUCCAGGGCUGCCUGAGGAGCAGGUAUAUGAACUGUGUCGUAAUGUGGUCAUAGCUCAGAUAGCCCAAUAUGCACCUGCGAUCAGAUACAAAUGUGCCAGCGCCUGUCCUACUGCUAACAUGACACUAAUUGGCCCCCCAGGGCCUCGUGGAAUGGCAGGACCACCAGGGAAAAAGGGAAAAACAGGUCUUGAUGGAUUUAAAGGUGAGCCUGGUCCAAGAGGACCUAUUGGAUUUCCUGGAGCUAAUGGAGCAGCUGGGGAACCAGGAGACAGAGGCCAGAAAGGUGAGAGAGGAGAUUCAGGCAUGGGACUCCCUGGACCAGAUGGACCUCAAGGCUUUAGAGGAUUCCCUGGACAUCCUGCUGUUGCCAAAGAUGGCCAGCCAGGCACAGCAGGUCCCCCUGGAUACAGUGGUCCUCCAGGUCAGCCAGGAUUUCCUGGCCCUUCGGGUGUCCCUGGACUAUGUGAAGCAACAGACUGCAGGAUCUAUGCUACUAACCUACUGUCAGAACAGGGAUUAGUAAAGGGGUCAUCUGUUUAA